AUGGUGUCGGUCGCGUCUCUUCAGCCAGAUUGGUGCAUUUCCAUUGAGUACUCUAAGGAAAAUCUCACCGAGCUACUCACGGAGCUUUCAGCGAAGGGAUUGCAUGCGCUCACGAGGCCUGGUCAUACCAACGGGAUCACGUAUGUGUUUGUGAAAAAUGGUGACAAUAAGGUGCCAUUGAUCGCGUCGCAGUUUGCGUUUGUCAAGAAUGUCGCGUAUUUGCCUGACAACAGCGUCAGGAAUGAACGUCAAGAACUAGCGCAAAAGUUAAUUAAGGGGACGCUGAUUCCAUCAGACGGAGACCUGAAAUCACUGGUUUCUGCAACGGGCUCGCCAGCUGUUGGCGUCUAUUUCAGCUUCGCAAAGUUCUACACCAGGUGGCUGAUGGGGUUGGCGCUCGUAGGAUCCGCCUUCCGGCUGUUCUCGGGGAAAGCGGCUUGGGAGUUCAACCUGAGCUACGCUAUAUUGGUGGUCCUUUGGGCAAUUGGAUUCGUUGUCACGUGGAACAACAGAGCUGAGCCAGAAUAUGCAGCAUCACUCCAAUAUUCCGCUAACGAGGCGGGAUCGAAGAAUACAUCAAGAGUUGUUUUUGUUAAAAAGAUGUGCUUCAUUCCAGUUGCAGUGCAGUUCGCUGCGUGUUUGGUCUGCUUCCAAUUCAUCUGCUUUUUUUUGGAAAUUUUUAUCACACAGAUCUAUCAGGGCCCCUUGGCUGGAAUCCUAGCGCUACUGCCAACCGUUUUGAUCUCGGUAUACAUCCCUAUCCUCUCGGCGGUCUAUGACAAAGUCUUGGACAAGUUGGUAUCCUGGGAGAAUUCAGAUGACCCUGUGAAGUCUAAGCUGCAAAAGAAGUUUGUCAUAACGUUUUUGACCAGCUAUGUGCCUCUGUUCAUUACACUCUUCGUGUACCUGCCAAUGGGGCACCAUGUAAAUGCACAGCUUGCAUCAAUUGCUCGUUUUUGUUCGCGUUACAGCAUCCCCGUUUUGACUUCAGGGUUCAAAAUCAACACUACGCGGUACCAAAAGCAGUUUUUCUACUUUGUAGUCACAAACCAAAUUAUUGCUUUAUUUUUGGAAAAUGCUUUGCCAAUGAUCUUGGAAAAGGCAUUGCCAAAAAUUAAGGGUUACGAAAAGAGUGACUCGCCCAUCAAGCAAGCUGAGGUCAAAGUCAGUAAGGAAUACCCUGAGGAUUUGGACAUUUGGAAACAAACUUGCAGCUCUAAUUUGAGUGUUUGGGGUAAUUUUGAUGUUAAUGGAAUGUUUAACAAGCUAGUGGUUCAGUUUGGGUAUGUCGCAAUGUUCUCGAGUAUUUGGCCUCUAGCUGCGCUUUGUUGCGUAGCUUUCAACAUCAUUGGAAUGAAGCUUGACAUCUGGAGAUGUUUGGGCAAGUGCACCAUCAAAAGUGUGCCAACUUCGAGUGCUAAAUCUUUUCGUCAAAAACCUUCAUCGCAAAAUAGCAUGGAGGUCUUUUGGGACCGAAUCCUGAUUGUCGUUCUCUGGUUCUCUACGCUUGUUACGCCUGCUUUGGUUGCCAUGUACAGAAAACCUUCUGGCGAAAGCUUGGCGUCUGUCAUUGAGAAAAGGGACUCUUGGCAUUUGCAGUCUAUUGUUCAGACCGAUUGGAAGACUGUAAUUGUUUUUGCAGUUGUGUUUGAGCAUUUGGCCGUAGUUUGCUACACCGUUAUGGGAAAACUGAUAGGAGAUACUGAAACUAAGAAAGUUAACGACUAUGUCCCCGCCGAAAAACUUGAAGAGCCCCCAAAUGUUGAUCUUGAAAAGGUGGUUGAGGAAACGACAGACUUCAUGCAAGAGCCUGAACGGGUUCAGUCCCACUCCUCUACAGUGGCCUCCAAGACCCCAAAUGCUACCAAGGUUUCUCAAAAAGAGAACCCUAAAGAAAUUUGUACGACGUCUGAAGUUUCCGGGCUUUCAACAACUCCCAGGGAGCAGGCGCGGCCGCUACAACCCAGAAACACACAAUCUGCGCAACCAGUAACUGAGGAUCCUACCAGGAACGAAACUUCCAGCAAGCAAGGGAACGGACCUAACGCCAGCGCUCAAGAUACCACAUCUCUAUCACCUGUCGCUGGGGCCACAGUUCCUGAAACUAUACCUACUUCAAAGAAUUAUCACUUAAGAUACGACCAAAAAGGCAACUUUCUCAACACUGACUCCAGAGCAAAAGGCGCCUCUAUUAGUAUAGAAGGACAGUCCCUGAGUGACAAAGCUACUGAGAACACUUCAAAAAGCGAUUUCUCGGAAAGUGCCAACGCCCCAGUGACGCAAACCGCCUCUUCUCCUGACCAAAGCGCCGCUGCAGCCCAGUUUGUGCCCUCUCAGGUUGCGGAUACUUCCAAGAGGCAUAUCGCUUCUAUAAUCAAUGGUAGCGGUCAGCACGUCACGGCUCACAAUGAAACUCAGGAGCAACAGGCCAUGGCAAACCCUGAGCAUCAGGCCAGGGCAAGCUCUGAACACCAGGCCAUGGCAAAACCUGAGCAUGUAGCGGAGAAGCCCGCUGAAAGAACUAGCGACGAACAAUCGGAAAAUUCAUCUUCGACGGGAUCCAACAAAGCAUCCCAUGUUUCAGGAACGCCCCAAAAAUCUGAAAAGUCAUCUAGAAAGAAAAUCAAAGGUGUCUUGUCGCCCCUCGGUAAGCUAAAGAAAAAAUUCCCUUGA